CACCACCACCACUACCUUCCUCCUGUCUAUUCUUCCCCAAGUCACACAACUCCUCUUUCGAUCCCCCACCCGACAUCAUGACUUCGAGCGUCGCCUCUAAACGCCUGUUCCAGGAAUACAAAUCCCUCCUCACAAAUCCCCCCGAUGGCAUCACCGCAGGUCCUGUCACCGAAGAAGAUCUGUUUAUUUGGGAAGCCUUGAUCCAAGGUCCUGAAGGCACUCCUUUUGAAGGUGGCAUCUUUCCCGCAGAACUCAAGUUCCCCAAAGACUACCCUCUGAACCCCCCCAAAAUGAAGUUUCUAGGCGAGAUUUGGCAUCCCAACGUCUAUGCCAAUGGAGAAGUGUGUAUCUCCAUCCUCCACCCGCCCGGCGAUGACCCCAACCAUUAUGAGAGCGCAUCUGAGCGGUGGUCCCCAAUCCAAAGUGUGGAAAAGAUCUUGAUCUCCGUCAUGUCCAUGUUGGCCGAACCCAACGAUGAGAGUCCUGCGAAUGUUGAGGCUGCAAAGAUGUGGAGAGAUCGACGAGCCGACUUUGAAAAGAAAGUAAGACAAGGCGUCCGACGUUCACUGGGCCUAUGAUAAUUCCAACAUCAUCAAUUUCUCAACAUUUCGGUCAAAUAGGCCAUCAUCCCUCCUUCCACGUCAUCCAGAGCCUGUAUCUCGGCUUUUCGGUUCAACAACAACAUACGCUGCAACUCGACAUGGCAACCCACAAGGCACGGCAGGAUAUUACCGGAUUCAUCCCGCCACUCAUGACUGUUGAGGAUGGAUGCUGCCACAGCUCGGUCACGUGGUGUCAGAGGGAGGGAUAGACUGAAGUCAUGGCAUGUCUGCAAGAGAUGGCGGUAGCGAAGGCCAAUCCAUUUCAUCUCGGGAAGAUUGCAUUCUUGCUCAUGGGCUAAGGUCUUUGACCCAUACACGUAACAUUUCAGUAUGCGCAUACCAUCUGGAUCGAGAUCAAACAAGCCCCAGAGUGGAACUGGUGGUGAGAGCUCAUCACAGAGCGUGCGGAGGAACUUGCGAGUCGCAAGAUCGGGAUAUCCUUUGGCCUGUGACGAAUCAGCACGAGGAUGGAAUACCCCAUGUGAGGUCCGCAUACUGUCACAAUGAUACCAGACCCGAGCGUUGGAUGGAGGUGCAAGCUUUGCUCGACUAAAGCUUUCAAGGUUGCCUGAAUUUGUCAGUUCAGGUCAGGUUUGCAAUGAGCAUAUCAAUCGUCCACCUCUUUCUCAACAACGAGUAUCCAUCUGACGUGACCUAAUGCAUCCAAGUGGGCGUGUGGAAACAUGUCUGGUAUCGUGAUGACUUCGUUCUUGAAUCCCGCCACCAAUCCUUUGGGGCUUGCCACCUGUCGGUGUCAGCAAUCAGCGAGUGGGUGACAAUCCAGACGAUCAAAACCUACCACGUGAAGGUCCAAUCUUCUGACACCACAAGUAUGAGCUAUGUCAUCAACCAGACGAUCGACCAGCCCUUGGUGUUUGAAGAGUGAAGGGUCAUGGUAAUAGAUGUCCCUGUGCGAGUUCAAUCCAAAUUGCGGUACAACUUCGAUCGUCCAGGGAGCUGCCUCUCCUACCUUUUGGUGACCAGAAUGCCACUUUGAACGGCAGCAUAGAUCUCUCCGAGCACGCGGCCGAGACAAGCUGAAGUCGGGAGAUACAUGGGUAAGAACGCGCGGCCGUGUCAUGUCAUAGGUGUUAGGUACCUACCAAAUCUCCACGCCUCAUCUUUGUUCUUGCCAGGAAACGAGUAAGAAAUUGGACGAUCCUCAAUAUGCCAUUUUAGUCUCAUAUAGUCGGAGUGGUCAUAGUAUGGCUUGAUGGCAGUGAUGCGUCUUAGAGUGAUGACUGGCUUGCCAUAUGGCCGGACUCGGAUCUCUUGGAUGAUGUUGUCAAACGUGCUUUCAAUGUAGUUUAUGACUUUCUGGUGGGCUAAUGAGACAUGGACCGGUGCCUGACGGGUCGAUGGCUCCAAGUCGACGUUAAAAGUCAUGUGGGAGUCUGUCCUGGUUGACUCCAUCAUAUUUUUCGUCCACAUGCCUAGACAUAUGUGUCGUCGUAGUAGUGUUCUUAGAGACUCCAAAGGGAUUGACAAGAAGCCAAAUAUCCA